AUGAACGCAAGAUCGCAACCCACCAAACAGCAAUCAAAUCCAAAUAAUGCUGCUAUUAAUAUGAAAAACGGUAACAAGGCAAAAUUGGAUACAUCUCUCUCUUCUGCCCCGCCGCUUAAAACACUCCCUCCACGCCGUAACAUUUCUCAACUGGAGAAUUUCGCUCUCUGCGCAUUGGCACCUAGCAUGGCUGUGGUUUUCACUCUGCCAUUCGAUACGGUCAAAGUACGAAUGCAGCUGCAGGGAGAGGUCAAGGCCACUGGAAAUACAGUGAAAGUUUCAAACAAAGUCUACAAGAACAGUUUCGAUUGUCUGGUAAAAACUUUCAAGUAUGAAGGGUUGCGUGGUUUGGAGAAGGGCUUGGCUCCAUCCAUACUCAAAGAGAGCUCAAAGAAUGUCUUUCGUUUGGGUUUGUAUGAUCCAAUUAUCAACAUACUCCAUCCAACAAACGACUCAACAUCCCCAUCCUCUGCGCCAGCCUGGAAACGCAUGCUUUCUGGUGGAAUUUGUGGGGCUCUCGGUGCCGUCUCUGCGAAUCCAUUCGAAUUAAUAAAGACGCGUCUCCAGGCAACAGCUGCUGGAGCUAUUGCUGUCGGUAAUCAGCAUAAUUAUUCAUCUAUCCCUGGUGCUCUGAAAAGUAUCGUUAGCGAUGAAGGCGGCGUCAAAGGACUGUACAGAGGAUCGAUAAUUAGUGUAAACAGAGGAAUUCUUGGUAGUGCGGCUAAUCUGUCGAGUUAUACCAUGUUGAAAGAUUAUGCAAGGAAAAAUGGAUAUAAAGACGGGGUACCACUGGAUAUGAGCUGUAGUUUGAUUAGCGCGUUUGUCAGUGUUGUGUUCAUGAAUCCUCUGGAUGUUGUUCGAACACGUCUAUACAAUGCGAAAUCUACAUCUCAAGACACAAAACAAAGGAUGUUUGUUACAAUCAACAAUAUCAUUCGCACUGAAGGCUGGACCGCAUUAUAUCGUGGAUUCUCCACUCACUUCAUGCGUAUUGGACCGCAUUUCUGCCUAACUUUUGUCAUUCUUGAAGAGCUCAAACGGAAUGUAAAGAAAUUCCAUCAUCAAAGAGAUCUACGGGAAUUUGCACAAAAGGCGGAGAUGAAAGUAUUAUCUCCCGUGGGGACACAAUGA